AUUCGUUUUGUGCCUUUUUUCCUGCGCGUAGUGCGGUGGUGCGGGGAGCCGGGUAUAUUUUUUUUCACGUGGUUGCAAAUUUAUCUCAUUACAUAAGGGCUCCACCGCUCGUAAUUCGACGACGACACUUACAAUGGAUGGUUUACCGGCCGGAAAACUUACCGGAGCUCAAAAGGAGGAGUUGAUGGACCAGGUCAAACAGCAAAUCGCUGUUGCAAAUGCUCAGGAGUUAUUGCAGAAAAUGACCGAGAAGUGCUUUAAGAAGUGCAUUUCUAAGCCCGGGACGUCCUUGGACAACUCUGAACAGAAAUGUAUAUCCAUGUGCAUGGACCGUUACAUGGAUUCUUGGAACAUAGUGUCAAGGUCCUACGGCAAUCGAAUUGCGAGAGAACGGGGUCAAAUGUGACACCUGGCCUGCACUACGGGAUACGCCAAUUGUGCCGCUACAUUACGAAGAAUUGCAACCAACGUUGUAUAUAUGAAUAUAUGUACACAAAUAGGCAAGGUACGCUGCAAUUGUAGAUAACUGCUUUGAAGGUG